AUGGAUGCUAAAAACCGUCUCCUGAGGGAGGCCUCCGGUGACCAGGAUCGUACCACACAGGUCGAGGCAGCGUACGAGGUUCUCUUCAUGAACAAGCUGCGCAGUCGCGUGCUGGGUGAAUCUGUGCCCGAAACCGUCAAGUACGCUGACGUGCCCCCUCCAAAAGAUCCGAAGGUGGAGGUGCAAAAGCUGAUGGCGAAGAUCCCGGGAGGCGGCGUUUCCGUGUCAACCCUCAAGACGGUCGACUCGAGCCUGCAGCUCGCAAACGUGUUGUUCGGCGUGCUGACCCUGUCUGUCCUGACGUCGGGGUUCACCAACCCGCCCGGCAUGGAUCAGCCCCCGGCGUUGCAGAUCGCCCUGGCAUUUGCCGCAUCCAUCUACCUCCAGAACAACCGAAAGGGCAACGGGUUGCCACGUGCAGCGGUGUUGACGCUGGCGACCUUCGUGGCGGGCGCGCUCCUCGGCACUGGGCUCGAGGCGUGGUUGCGAGUCGACCUGAUCCCGAUCGGCUCCUUCUCGAGCCCAUCGUGCCUCGUGAGCUUCAUCGCGCUGGUCGCUAUGUGGGCCGGCACCGUUUUCCUGAUCUAG